AUGGUCCAGCCCCGCCGCUGGACGCCAGCUUCGUUCUCACGCCCACGUUUUGAGAAUCAGCAAGCAGUCAUCGAGACCAGCACCGCCGCCAAACAGCGAAGUGCCAGCGGUGAAGGAUGCCAAGGAACCACCCGACACCAAGGCGGGACCGGAGUAUCGCCCAAGAAACGAGCUCGACGCAUCACGAAGGGCAUCGCCAUGCUCGCACGUCGAGGCCCGUUCAGAGGAGGCAUGUCCAACGCAGGUGCUUCGGAAGGCUUGCCCAAGAUGGGAGAUCGAAGCGCGUGCGGAAACGACGGCGGCGAGGGAACCAGAGAUCGUGCCCUCCUGCUGUUGCCGCGUGUUGCACGGUGGGCCCUUCUGCCAUCCUUGGCGUUGGCCGGUUUUGCUCCGGCGGCGGCGGCGGCGGCAGCUGCAGCGGCGGGAGUUGGGACAACGGGCGCGGCGACUGCUUUAUCUACCCUGCUCACCAACCGUUGGUACGUGUGGGCGGUGCUCAUAGCCUCUUCCAGCGCGGGGCUGUGGUCUGAGCGCACCCGGUGGGGAGCGGCCGUGAGCUCGCCCCUGGUGACCAUGCUGCUCACGAUUACCCUCUGCAACGUCGGCGUCAUACCUGCGGCCUCCCCCGCUUACGACACCGUGAACCAGGUGUUCGUGCCGCUGGCCGUACCUCUCUUACUGUUCGACGCCGACCUCCAGAAAGUCCUUAGGUUUGCUGGGACAUUGCUGGCGUGUUUUGUCAUCGGCGCCGCCGGGACUGUGAUCGGAACGGCGGCCGCAGCGGCGGUUGUGCCUUUAGGUCUCGGCGGGGAUGGGUGGAAGAUUGCCUCGGCCCUCGCGGCCAGACACAUCGGCGGCGCCGUAAACUACGUGGCGGUGUGUGAAACCCUCGGAGUCUCGGCGGAUGCCAUCGUGGCUGGUUUGGCCGCAGACAAUAUGGUGGUAUCCCUGUACUUCAUCUUCCUCUUCUGGAUCACAAAACCGGACAGACAAGAAGAACCAACGCCAGCAACAACAACGAGGCAAGGUUCAACCAAAGCGAUAGGCUCAGCACAAGAAGAAGAAGCCCCUGCAGCAACGCCGCAACAAGUAUCAGCAGCAACGGCAGGAGCAGCAGCGUCGCCACCUCCGCUAGCGGUCACGAAGGAGACGAUCUCUUACGCUCUGACCGCCGCCUGCGCCCUGUGCCUGUGCGGGGAGUUGCUCUCCAAGGUGGCGUUUGGCGGCAGGGUUAGUGCAAUCCCCUUGGUAACGCUGGUGACGGUAGCUGGGGCCACGGCGGCCCCGUCGUGGGUGGGGAGGCUGGGUUCCGUUGGCGCACAGCUGGGGAUCCUGCUGAUGCAGCUCUUUUUCGCGGUGACGGGGGCGCAGGGCAGCCUCGCCGUCGUCAUGGGGACGGCGCCGUCACUGUUGGUCUUCUCUCUCGUGCAGAUUGCGGUCCACUUCGGCGUGCUCGUCGGCGUGGGGAGGCUCUUCCGACUGCCCUUCCGAGAGCUGGCCCUGGCGUCUAACGCGAACGUCGGAGGGCCAACCACCGCCGCGGCCAUGGCUGCUGCUAAGGGCUGGAAAAACCUGGUCCUUCCUGCGCUGUUGACUGGCGUACUCGGCUAUGCUACAGCGACCUUCAUUGGCGUGGGAAUCGGGCACGCAUUUCUCAAGGCCCUCGUUGCAGGCGCAGGAGUCUGA